AAAGCAAGGAAGGUGGAGAGAAUCUAGAAAUGCUCCAUUUCUUCUCCUUUCACUUCCUAAAAAAAAACCCAGAAAUAAAAAAGAUUUUCUCAUCAGAAAAAAGAAAAAGAAAAAAAAAGAGAUUUCAUUUCACAAAAACUGAAGAAUAAAAGGAGACUAGAUGUUGACAAAUUUCAUGUCACUAUUCUUCUUCUCAGAACUUCUUCUUCUUCCUAGUUGGUUUGUUAUUGUGUGUUGUGUUGUUUGUAGAUUUUUCUUAUCUAGGAUCUCUCUAUUACCAACAACACUGUCUGUCCCACCACUACCACUAGAUCAAAUAAAUAACUUAGAAUUUUUCCAGAUGAUGAAGAAGAAGAUCUAAAUUUUAAGGUUCUUCUUCUUCUUCUUCUACAACUUCAAUGGUCUCCUCCUCCUCCUACUGAAACCACCACCUCGUUUUUUUCGCUCUGUUUCAUUAAAAUUGUUUGUCUUUUCUCUCUCUUUCUAUAAAUUCUCUGUAUUAUUCUUAUCGUAGUAGUAGUGGUGGACCAAGACUGAAUUUUUUAUAAGACAGAGACUUGGAGUUUGAAUCCGUUGACAUCAUAUCUAUCUCAUGUAAUUCAUUAUAUUGAUUCAAGGAUAGCUGAUUGAUUCACUUAGAAGAUGUGAGUUUGAGGAAUGGGAACGAAAAUCCAGUGUAAAAGCUUUUCUCCGGUAUUUCACUCCAUGAGGGAUCUUAAUGAGGACGCAAAUAGUGGAAGUUGGCCUGUAUUUUAUGAUGAUAAAAUGCUGAAGAACGAGCAAUACUACAACUGCUUUGUGCCUAGGUCUGAAAUGAAUGGAUAUGCAGAUUACGAUAAAGAAGUAGUGAAGCAAACAAUACUUGAGCAUGAUAAUGUUUUCAGGAAACAGGUCUACGAAUUACACCGUCUAUAUAAAACACAAAGGGAUUUGAUGAACGAGUUCAGAAGGAAAGAGUUACAAAAGUAUUCAAGACCAACAGAGAUAUCACAGUCAAGCAGUCCAUUUUCAUCUCACACACCAUUAGAAGAUGUUAAAAUGUUGCAAGUACCCAGCUUUCCUUUGGUCAGCCCUAAUUGCAGUAGACCCUGUAUAUCAGGUGCUGAGAGCAUGCAGUCUCCUUCAACUUUUUUAAAAGAGAGUAGUGUGCCUGUCACUCCAAAUGCAGUACAGAAUGGAAGCAUUUAUAAGGAAGGUGACAUAUCAAAGUCCAAGUCUAAACAGGUGGCGAGAAAAAUGUUUGACCUGCAACUUCCUGCAGAUGAGUAUGUAGACAGUGAUGGAGAGCAAAAUGGAGAGGAAAAAGGUUUUCAAUCAUCUUCUGCGGCAGCUUAUCCUCCCAAGUUAAAUAAUGGGUUUGCAUCUGGUUUAGGUGCGAAGCUGUCUCUCGGCAAUGGAGUGAGCCUUGAUUGCCCAAAAGAUGGCUCACUUGUAUCGAACAGACUUGGGUUGGCUGAUUUAAACCAACCCCUACAAGUUGAAGAGACAAUACCUUCGGCUCCUGUUGGAUUCUCGGGGACUGCUGUUUCUCACCAUGGAGGUAAUCAAGGACAACAGCAACCUACAAAUUCAAACUACCCAGGUUUUCCUCGGGAAUUUUUCCUAACUGCACAGAGUAGCGGUUCACACCAGACUGAUAUACAUUUAGAGAAUGAGGGAAAAAGAGAACAACCAUAUAAUCUUGAAGCUGGACCAAGUAGAGAAAAUUUCGACUCUUUUCGUUUACAGAAAUUACCUGCACAAUCCUCUUCACCAAAGAUUGGUUUUACAAUGACUCAUGAAUAUCCAGCAUUUUCUGUAUCUGACUCUCACAAGAGACAACCAUGGAGAGAAACAGCAGCUUGUGGCUUAGAAAUCCCUGAAAGUAGUCAGAGUCACUCCAAAUAUUUGGGAUCAGCCCUUGAACCUCGCAUACCCACUUCAUAUCAAUGUGUUUCUCAGUCUGAGAACAUUGCUGAAUCUUCUUCGGUAUCUUCUUGGAUAAAGCCGAUAAAUAUUUUUCACGAGAAGUCAACAGAGGUUAGAGCUCUUCGUUGCCUAAACUCAUCUUCUCCAUCUAGUAAUAGUUCUAAAUCGUCAGUCCAGAACCCAGUAGUUGUUGGAAACGGGUGGCAUUUUAGUAACAGCCCUGAACCAAACUCUAGUUGUGGAAAUGAAAGCACCUCUAAGAACGGGUUUUACCACGGUUCCCAGGCAGAAUACAGGGCAUCUAAGGUUCCCUUCCGUUCGACUCGUUUUGGUUUCCUUAAUGGUAAUAUUAGCAAUAAUUCGGCUUCAGAACAGUACGAGAAUCAUAGCCCCACAAAGUAUUUUAGGGGUCUAGAAUGUGUGGAUGUGAAGUCUGCAAAGGGUGUGAACUUGAAUUUGGCUGUUCCUAAUGGGUAUCAAGAUGAAGCAGUUCGGCGACACGAUGUUGUGAUCAUCGAUGGUGAGGGGAAGAAUGGAGACCGACCAACUGGGUUACCAUGGAAAAGAGCGAAGGUAGUGUGUGAAAACAGAUCUACCAUUGAUAGAGCAGCCCGACAACAGGAUCUUGUGAUUAUAGAUGGUGAGGGUAAGAAUGAAGACCGGCCACUGGGAUUACCAUGGCUGAGAGCGAAUUUAACAAGUGAAGACAGACCUACCAUAGAUGGAAUAAUUCGGCAGCAUCCUGUGAUUAUAGACGGGGAGGCGAAGAAUGAAAGUCGGCCAUUGGGGUUACCAUGGCUGAGAGGGAAAUUAACAUGUGAAAACGGGCCUACUUUAGGAAAGGGACAUCCCAAUAUAACAGGAUUGAGUUCCUCUAAUCAAGCUACCAUUAAAGCAGUUGAGGCGGUUAAUUUUUCUACCUCGACCUUGUUUCAGAACUUUAAUUCGUCUUCAUCUACUAGUGGAUCUUGGAGUCUCAGAGGGGGUGAUGGCCAAGACAUUCAAAACAUUUUGGGAGUUCCAAUGUUCGACAAGUCUCAUAGUUCCAAGUACCAAAACGUUUUUGCAUCUCCCGCCAAGUGUCAGUUCCCCCCUAAAGUGGAAGAGACUCAGAAUAGUGGGAAAGUUCUUUUUGACAUCAACUUGUCUGAAGAGCCUGAAUCCAGCUCAAGGCUGUCAUCAUCUCAUAAUCUGAAAGGUUUAGACAUGAACAGGUCUGGUUACAGAAAUGAUUUUAAUCUGAACUUAAGUCUAGACGAGGAAGAAAACUCAGCCGUACCUUAUAUUAAUGAACCUACAGUGAAGAUUGCAGUUGAGAUAGAUUUGGAGGCACCAGCAGUGACCGAGAAUUUGGAGGAAAAUCCUCUCCACGGUGACUGUUCAUUGAAUCAACUAGAGAGUAAUGUUCAGUCAUCAGCGACUAAAGACCCUCAAAUGGAACUUGAAAGAAUUGCAUCGGAGGCUAUAGUCAUGAUUUCUUCAUCAGCGAAAUUUUCAGAUAAUUCUACUUUGAAGUCAUCUGAAGAAUCUCUCAAGGACUCUCUGAGUUGGUUUGCAGAUGUAGUUUCUGCCAUGGCUGGUCUUGAGAUUGAAGCAAAAGAUCACGAGGAAUCUUCUUGCGAGAGUGAUUACUUUGAGUCGAUGACGUUAAAACUGACCGAGACAAAAUUAGAAGAGUUGCCUUGUCAAAUUUGGAUACCCGAUAAUCAAAAAGAAGAGGAAGUAGUUACUUGUGCAGUGCCGACCAGACGCCGAAGAGGUCAAUCAAGGAGAGGGAGACAGAAGAGGGAUUUUCAAAGAGAUAUCCUUCCAGGUCUUGUUUCUUUGUCUCGGCAUGAAGUGACUGAAGAUCUUCAAACAUUUGGAGGGUUAAUGAGAGUGACCGGACACUCUUGGCAGAGCAGUUUAACAAGAAGGAAUGCUUCUAGAAAUGGUUGGGCUCGGGGAAGGAAGCGGACACAGGGCCCUGCUCCUCAUCCUCCUCCUCCUCCAAUGGUGAUAUCCCCUACCCCAAAAGAGCAACCUAAUAACAUAGACGUUACAGAGAGAAGCUUAAGGUGGGGGAAAACGACUAGACGGCCGCGAAGGCAGAGACUUCCAGCUGGUACACCUCUCCCUCUGACUCAUUAGGCAUAACAGGGAGAGCACAUAUAUUCUUCAAUUUAUGGUUCAGAGAAAUUUAUAGAGGGAAAUGAAAAAUGGGUUAGGAUUUGAUUCCAUGGCUCAUUGGGAGGUUGAGAGAGUAGUGUAGUGUUGAGCUGUGGAGUGAGAUUAUUGAUCUCCUUCCAGCAAAAGAAAAGAAGAGAUUGUUUAUCUCCUCCCUUGUACAUUAUCUGCCCUAAAAUGUAAGGUCCAAUUUAUGUUGAUCGAGUGUUGAGUUCAAUUACUAGUUUGUACAUUUCAUAAAUUAGUGUUGUUUACUGACA